AUGGCUAAAGCCUAUAAUAGGCUAUCCUGGAGUUUCCUCAUUGAAGUUCUAAAUAAGUUUGGAUUCUACAGGGAAUGGUCUGAUAUGAAUUGUAGAAUAUUCUCGAAUGUCUGGUACUCCAUAAUUAUCAGUGGAACUCGGCAUGGUUUCUUUACUUACUCUCAGGGCCUCAAACAAGGGGAUCUUUUAUCCCCCUCUCUUUUUAUUCUUGCUGCAGAGGUAUUGUCUAGAUCUCUGAACAAUCUCCAUCAUAAUGAGAACUUUACUAGAUUUUCUAUGAAUAAGAGAGGUCCUCAAAUUAAUCACUUGGCUUAUGUCGAUGACAUUGUUAUAUUCUGUGGUGGCAACUCAAAAACUGUCAAUCUUGUGAUCAAAGAAAUCAGAAAGUAUGAAAAGGCAUCGGGUCAGCUUGUCAACAAGGAUAAAGGUUUCUUUCUCACUGGCCCUAAAGCUAGUGCUUAUAGAAUCAACAGAUUGAGAGAUUGCACUGUAUUUAUGGAUAAGAGUUUUCCCUUCACAUAUCUUGGAUGUCCAAUAUAUAUUGGAAAGAAAAAGAGUUGCUUCUUUGAUAACAUGGUCACUAAGGUUGUUAAGAGGUUGAAUGUAUGGCAAGGUAAAAUGUUAACCUAUAGUGGCAGAGUGGUUCUCAUCAAAAGUGUUCUACAGUCCAUGCCUACUCACACGCUUACAGCUCUAAACCUUCCCAAAGAUGAAGGUGGCAUUGGCAUUAAAAGUCUUGAAGCUAUCUCUAACACAUUAACUAUCAAGAGGUGGUGGAGGUUUAGAAUAAAACCUUCACUAUGGUUAGACUUCCUCAAAGCUAAAUAUUGUCCAAGAAGUCAUCCUGUUAAAAAGAAGUGGAUCUCGGGUAACUCACAGGCUUGGAAGCACUUGCUAUUGGCUAGAGACAAAGCUGAAGGCAACAUCAGUUGGCAAAUUAACUCUGGAGACUGCAACUUUUGGUGGGAUAAUUGGACUAUGACAGGUCCUUUGGCUUAUAGCAAUGCUAAUUUAGUUACCACCAUUGGUAACAAGACUAAUAGUUGUGAGUUUAUUAUCAAUGGUCGUUGGGAUAUUAAUAAGCUACGCAAUACUCUUACUAAUCAGCUUGUGGAAGUUAUUAGCAACAUCAACAUUGGCCAAUCGACUGAGAAAGACGAUGUUGUAUGGAAUGGUACUGAAGAUGGACAUUACUCUAAUAAAUUUGCCUGA